AUGCAAACUAAUGCCUUGGCUAUGGAUGAAUCAUGCGACGUCACUGAUACGGCACAGUUAAUUAUUUUUGUACGCUACCUGGACAAAACGGGAGAAACUUUUGUUGAGGAGAUAUUGGCUCUUUUGUCGCUCUUAGGAAGAACCCGAGGAGAAGACAUGAUCAAACCAGUGAUGGAUUAUUUUGAAAAAGAUGAGUUAGACUUGAAGAAGCUCUUAUCGGUAACUACUGACGGCAAGGGAAAGCUGAUAUGCGAGCUCAUGUCAGACGUCAAAAGUUUUUCUCGAAAACUUGAUCUCUUUAUUAAUGAUCUUGGAAAUGAAUGCCUACACUUCCCCAAUUUAAAUAAAAUAAUCAGCAGUGACAACGAGACUGACGUCGGCCGAUUCAAGACGUUCAUUACGGAUCUUAAAUCGGAAUUUCAAAAAAGGUUUGCAGAUUUUAAGAAAAUUGAGAAUGUUGUAGAAAUCCUCAGCAGCAUUUACUUUCUGCAUCCUGAUGGUGAAUGGAGCAAUGAAGCUGCAAUUGUUUUCGGAAGUGAUAAAGCUACUCUGCAGAUGGAAAUGAUCGAUUUCCAAGAAAACACAGUUUUAAAACACAAACAAUCGGAAGUUUCCAGUGAAGAGUUCUGA